GUAGUUUUCAAUUACGUGUAAUUACGUGCAAUUACGCCCAUUACUCUGCAUUGAAAAUUCAACGUGUGUUUACCAUCUAAGUACAAAUUGUUAUUCCUUGUUCUCUUUUUACAGUUUCUGCACAACGUGGUGUGUUGCAUUAAAUUAUUUAAGAUUAUCAAAAUGGCAGACUUAACGUGGAUGAUAAUUAGAAACAAUAAUGCGUUUCUCCUGAAGAAGCGUACGAUUAAGAAGCCUUUUUCUACUGAACCCAAUAAUUUAACAAAUCUCAGUAGUUAUCGUUAUUCUGGAUUAAUCCAUCGCAAAAGCGUGGGUGUCAUUGAUACUCCAGAUAAGAAAGGAUUCACAGUUGUAUACAAAAAGGCGAAAUCUGCUUCAAAACCCGCGAAAACUGUUGUGAGGCGUACAAUGAAAUCAGGCAAUCGGCGAGCUCUUCAUAAAUUGAAAACUCUACUCACAGCUAACAAGUAUCGAGUAGAUCUUACCAAGGCCGCUCUACGACGUGCAAGUGCAGUGCUGAAGUCGCAAAAACCAGUGACGGCAAAAAAGACACGUAUUGUAAAGAAAGCCGAUUGAUGUAAUCAUUAAACAAAUAAAUGUAUUUGUACACAAA